UGUGUCGCAGGGUUAAUGGCUUAUGAUUUGCCAACCAGAACCAUAAGGAGAGAUAUGUGGCUGAUGUGGCAUCACGCAGGUUUUGUUCCCUGGAGGCUGGAUGUUGUUGGGAUCAGAGUUGCCAAGAGCAAGUCAAAAAACAUUCUGGUGAGAAUGAUAAGCCAAGCUGGGACAGGUUUUGCCUUCAACACCAAGAGAAGCCGCUUACGGGAGAAAUUGACUCUUUUGCAUUAUGAUCCAAUUGUGAAACAAAGAGUCCUCUUCGUGGAACAGAAAAAAAUACGCUCCCUUUAAACAAUGGAUUGAAAAUGAAUUUGAUUUAUAAAUGAGAAGACUUAGGGCGGGGAUACUGCUGAUUCAAAAAUCUUGCGGUGUGUAAGAAAAGAAGAGGAAAUGGCACGGAAUCACUGCCUCCUGCGAUUUGAAGGCCAUUGUGAAGGAAAACAAUGUAGUGAAAGAAAGUUCUUCAUAUUAGGACAGAUAUCAUUGCAUCACAUUUAUUUAUCUUUCUGGAUAUUUUUAUAGCCCUUAAUAAAAAAUUUAAAAUAGCCUA